CGCAAACUGUAUGGGUAAUGAUGAAUGUCCAUUGACAUUAGAUGAUGCUGGCGGCGUUUUAGGACAUGCAUACUUUCCUGACUCUAGCGGCACCUGUAGAGAAAUCCAUUUAGAUAUAAAUGAACGCUGGUAUUUUGGAAAUAAUCCUAAUAUACCCAAAAAUCAAACUAGUUUUCUUAUGGUGUUGGUUCAUGAAAUUGGACAUGCCCUCGGCAUAGCACAUAGUGCUUCUCCGAAUGCUAUUAUGUUUGCCUUCUAUCAGCAUGAGAUUCGUGGUCUAGAUGUUGAUGAUAUAAAUGCAGUACAAUAUCUAUAUGGAAGAAAAAACAAAUAUGAUUCAAUCCCAACGUCUACCACCGCAUCAGCAAUACCAAAAACAACAACAACUAUAAGAUCUACAACUCCGGUGUCAUUCGAAAGCAGCAGCGCAGUUGGUGUAGAAGAUUACCCUGCCUUGAGCGAUGCUAGGAAUAAGUUUGGAAGUAUGGUAGUUGAGAUGUCAGUACUUAAAGCUUAUGCUAGCAGGAACUUGAUAGAAUAUGCCCUAUAUAGUCGCUUACCAACGGAGUCCGGAAGACAUGGGCCAAAGUUGUUUAAACAACCGCAGAGUUGUGACACGUGUUCCCCAUUCGCCUUCAGAAAAAUGCUACCUGCAAGGCUACAUUAUCUUCUUUAA